UUCCAGGUUAUUGUGGAUGAUGGGGGACGAGAACAAAGAUGAGGAGAGAGUGUAUGGGGGCUGUGAGGGUCCAGAUGCCAUGUAUGUCAAGUUAAUAUCUUCUGAUGGUCACGAGUUCAUAGUAAAGAGAGAUCAUGCACUCACCUCGGGCACCAUCAAGGCCAUGCUCUCUGGCCCAGGACAGUUUGCGGAAAAUGAAACUAAUGAGGUCAACUUCAGGGAAAUACCGUCACAUGUACUUCAAAAAGUGUGCAUGUACUUCACCUACAAGGUGCGAUACACUAACAGCUCCACAGAAAUUCCAGAGUUCCCCAUUGCACCGGAAAUUGCUCUAGAGCUUCUCAUGGCUGCUAACUUCCUUGAUUGCUGAAAAAGUCAUUAUUGAUCAGUAAGCUGGAAUGUUAUUAAUUGGUGAGAUGGUUUUGAGGUAGUUAUGGAAUCACAGUUCAAAAUAAUUGGUAUACAAAAUCCACCACACUUAUAAAUUAAGAAAGAGUAAGGAAUAUCGAAGAAAGAAAAAUACUCGGUUAUAGUUAGAGUUCAUACAGAUGAAUAAGCAACCUUCAAAUGAUUUUGAUGUCAUAGGUAGGUGUACAACAAAAUUUAUACAUAAAUAGCUUUUUCUACUUAAGUAUUAAGGCAUUGGUUGUUAGAAAUAUCCAUCUUCGAAAUAUUAAUCUUUCUGAUGUGUCACUUUAUAAAGGUUAAGAUGUCUGAGUUGUGUAUAUUGAAUGAAUGUUUGGUUUUGUUGAUAUUUGAAGAGAUGGUGCUGCUGUGUAUAUCCUACAAAUCCUCGUUCAUUUAAGUUUUUCUAGGAUAGUACAGUACUCUUGUCACCUUGAUGCUGCAACAUUGUGCCUGCUAUUAAACUUAAAAUUGUAGAACUUGGAUACUUUGGAGCAAAGUUCUCAUCAAAUUAUAUUCUUAAAGUGAUUUAACAUUAUUCUAACCUUUUUAAGUGUACCUUUGUUGCCCAUCUCUAACAGCAAUAUGCAAGUUUCUCAACUUAAAAUAACUUAAAUUCAUACUGUACAUACCAAACCAUCACUUGGCAUAUAAUUGCCCAUUGAAUUAUAAAUGAACAUUGCACCCUUGCUAAAAUGUUUAUUGAAAGAAUACUUAUUUUCAUAGUAUUACAUUCUAUUACUCCAGUUUCUGUAUAAUCCCUAUGGGUUUAGCACUGUCCACUGAUUAAGCAAAAAAUAUAAAUUCAUUUAAUAAGUUGAUGCCAAGGAUAGGUAUUAAGAAUGUUCAGGUACUUUUGCAUGUACAGGUAACUUAAAAUUCAUGUAUAUUAUUUUUUAGUUUAAAGACUAUUUGCUUAAUCAUGUCAUAACUAGAGUAUAAUAUAAUUUAUAGUUUGCAUGGUUAGGAAAAAAUUGUCUAUCCAUUUUGCCAAAAUAACUUGCUAAUUUAUUAUUUGUCGCAACUUCACUCGUUGGUUAGAAUUUGUUUAAUAAAAAUUUGAAGUCA